CAUAGCCAGCGGUUGCUUCCAAGGUCCUGCGACCGCGCAGGCGUGGUCCCCGGAGGGAGCCGAGGGGUUUGCGCCGCCUCCCGCGCCCCACCCGGCCGCUCCGCCCGGCAGCCCCGGCCCUGUCUGUCAAGGCUGGACGCGGAGCGUUGGAGACUGAGUGGCAGCCGCGGGAGACAACAUGGCAGCAGUGUUGAGGCGAAGCUGCGGGGUCCUGAGAAGCAUUUCCCGAUUUGACUGGAGAUCACAACAUACAAAAGCUGCCCUAAAACGUGAACCAGGAUUGGGAUUUAGUUUUGAACUCACUGAACAGCAGAAAGAAUUUCAAGCUACAGCUCGUAAAUUUGCCAGGGAGGAAAUAAUCCCAGCUGCUCAAGAAUAUGAUAGAACUGGCGAGUACCCUGUCCCCUUAAUUAAAAGAGCCUGGGAACUUGGUUUAAUGAAUACACACAUUCCAGAGAGUUGUGGAGGCCUUGGACUUGGAACUUUUGAUGCCUGUUUAAUAACCGAAGAAUUGGCUUAUGGAUGUACAGGGGUUCAGACAGCUAUUGAAGCAAAUUCCUUGGGGCAAAUGCCUGUUAUUAUUGCUGGGAAUGAUGAACAACAAAAGAAAUAUUUGGGACGAAUGACUGAGGAACCAUUGAUGUGUGCCUACUGUGUAACAGAACCUGGAGCAGGUUCUGAUGUAGCUGGCAUCAAAACCAAAGCAGAAAAGAAAGGAAAUGAAUAUAUUAUUAAUGGUCAAAAGAUGUGGAUAACCAAUGGAGGAAAAGCUAAUUGGUAUUUUUUAUUGGCUCGCUCUGAUCCAGAUCCUAAGACUUCUGCUAGUAAAGCCUUUACUGGAUUUAUUGUGGAAGCAGAUACUCCUGGAAUACAGAUUGGAAGAAAGGAAAUAAAUAUGGGUCAACGAUGUUCAGAUACAAGAGGAAUUGUUUUUGAAGACGUGAAAGUGCCCAAAGAAAAUGUUUUAAUUGGCGAGGGAGCUGGUUUCAAAAUUGCAAUGGGAGCCUUUGAUAAAACUAGGCCACCGGUUGCAGCUGGUGCUGUGGGAUUAGCACAAAGAGCUUUGGAUGAAGCUACCAAAUAUGCUCUGGACAGGAAAACUUUUGGAAAACUACUAGUAGAGCAUCAAGCAGUAUCAUUUCUGCUGGCUGAAAUGGCAAUGAAAGUUGAACUAGCUAGACUGAGUUACCAGAGAGCAGCAUGGGAGGUUGAUAAUGGUCGUCGAAAUACCUAUUUUGCCUCUAUCGCAAAAGCAUUUGCUGGAGAUAUUGCCAACCAGUUAGCUUCUGAUGCUGUGCAAAUUUUUGGAGGCAAUGGAUUUAAUACAGAGUAUCCUGUAGAAAAACUAAUGAGAGACGCCAAGAUCUAUCAGAUUUAUGAAGGUACAGCACAAAUUCAAAGGCUUAUAGUAGCCCGUGAACACAUUGGCCGGUAUAAAAGUUAAAGAUCCAUAUGGAACAUGAUUGACUGUUAAGUAAUGAGAACACAAUCCACUACUUAAGCUUGAAUUUGUUUUUUUCAGUGAAAACUUUUAAAUAGUCUCAUGCUGAUCUAUGCAACUUUUCUAUGCAAUAUUUGCUUUUACUUUUGUUUAAUUGUAUGAUUUACCUUUUAUCAAAUAGAUUUAAUUAAAGUUAUGUUUUGUCAUUAGUGUUACAUUAGUAAUCUAGAAAAAUACACUUGUCAUUUUCACCUCUUAAGAUUAAAGUAAUAAAAAAUUAAAGUAAUAGAAA